UUAUACUCCAGGUUCUAAAGUUGAACACGCACAGUCGUUAUAGCAGGCAAUAUGCUGCGACCGGGUCCCUUUCCGAUCAUUCGAUAGUGGUCAGAGUCGAGGCGGUCAAGUCACCGUGUGUCGCCGUGUUGGCGCUGGACGACAACAGACUCUGUGUGACUCUUUUGCUAGCAGCUGCAUUGCAAAAGCAAUUUCAUGAGUACGGAGACUUCAAAACAGCUCUCGUCAAGUGGUGUCAAAUUGACAGCAAAUCGCCCGGUGUCGCUCUUCUUCCGCCGCGCUUUCCCCACGUUUCCGCCAUCGGCCGAGCUCAAAUAAAAUCCCUAGCUCGCUGAGAGCUCCAUCCAAGACGGCGUGUUAGCCGAUUCACUUCCUCCGCCCUCUUUCUACCUGUUAUUCCUACACCUUUGUCGACGACUCCCAUCGAAGCCAAUUGCACGCUCUUAACGCGGUGCAGCUCUCCCGUCACUCGCCAUGGCCGCCCUCAAAGAGGAAGUGCGCGAGGCGUUGCUGGGCACGAGCGAGGAGCCACAGCUGUCCCAGCUCACACGCGCUGCGUUCAUGAAGCACGCCCAAAAGGACGAAGCAACCGGUGAAUUCUUUCUCAACGAGGAAUCUUUCAUCGAAGCUGUUGCGCCUGAGAGCGAGGACUACCACAAGAUCAAGCGCUACCAGUACGGCAUCCUGUUCCAGGUUGCUGACCGCGAAAGAAAGGGCAAGGUCAGCAUCCACGAUUGGGGUGUUUUCCAAAACUUGCUUGCGAAACCAGACGCCGAGUACGAAGUCAUCUUCCGCUUCUUCGACAAGAAGGGUACUGGCUACAUCAAUUUCGACGAAUUUUACGACACAUGGAAGGCACACAAGACAGAGGACAGCCUGCCCUUCAACUGGGAGGCGGAAUGGGCAACUCUGUACAUUGGCUCCAAGAAGCACAGGCAUGCCAUGACAUACCCCCAGUUUGCGCAGAUGCUGCGGGGACUGCAGGGCGAGCGUGUCAGACAAGCCUUUUUGCACUUCGAUGCCAACAAGGACGGGUAUAUCGAGCCCUCGCACUUCCAGCGCAUUAUUCGGGAGACUGCUAGUCACAAGCUCUCCGACUACCUCCUCGAGAAUCUUACAACCCUCUGCAACAUUUCUGUAGGAAGCAAGAUCUCCUAUGCAAACGUCCGCGCUUUCCAGAACAUGAUCCAGCAAAUGGACAUGGUCGAGUUGAUCGUUCGCAACGCUACUCAGAAGAGCAGCGACGGCAAAAUCACUCGCACAGACUUCUUGAACGAGGCCGCGCGGAUAAGCAGGUUUAACCUAUACACCCCCAUGGAGGCAGACAUUCUUUUCCACUUCGCUGGACUCGAUGACCCAUCGGGAAGGCUCAGUCUGAAGGACUUUUCCCGCGUACUUGAUCCCUCGUGGCACACCAUCACCGACCUUGGAGCUACUGCAAUCGGCGAUGCCGGCCAGAAGGUCUUUGCCACCACCAAAUCUAUCUGGCACGACGUUCUCGAGUCCGUCCACCAUUUUGCGCUUGGAUCAUUGGCUGGUGCAUUCGGAGCCUUCAUGGUUUACCCCAUCGAUCUGGUCAAGACACGAAUGCAGAAUCAGAGAAGCACAGGCGUCGGAAAUGUCCUAUACAAGAACUCGCUUGACUGCGCCCAGAAAGUCAUCAAGAAUGAGGGUUUCAGGGGCCUGUACUCUGGUGUAUUGCCACAGCUUGUUGGUGUAGCUCCCGAGAAGGCUAUCAAGCUGACUGUCAACGACCUGGUGCGAGGAAAGCUUACAGACAAAGACACUGGCAACAUCAAGUUGCCUGCCGAGAUUUUGGCUGGUGGUAUGGCUGGUGGAUGUCAAGUGGUCUUUACCAACCCUUUAGAGAUUGUCAAGAUCCGCCUGCAAAUUCAGGGUGAACUUGCAAAGAACGUUGAUGGUGUACCCAGGCGAUCAGCCAUGUGGAUCAUCAAGAACUUGGGUCUCGUUGGUCUAUACAAGGGAGCAACUGCUUGUCUUCUCCGUGACGUCCCCUUCUCUGCCAUCUAUUUCCCAUCAUACAGCCAUCUGAAGAAGGACUUCUUCGGUGAGAGCCCACAGAAGAGACUGGGUGUGCUCCAGAUGUUGACUGCCGGUGCCAUCGCCGGUAUGCCUGCGGCAUACCUCACCACACCAUGCGAUGUUAUCAAGACCCGUCUGCAAGUCGAAGCACGAAAGGGCGAGGCUACAUACAAUGGCCUCCGUCAUUGCGCAAAGAUGAUCUGGCAGCAGGAAGGCUUCAAGGCCUUCUUCAAGGGUGGACCGGCACGUAUCAUGCGAUCAUCGCCUCAGUUCGGUUUCACUCUGGCUGGUUACGAGGUCUUGCAACGAUCUCUGCCCAUGCCUGGAUCUGGAGCAGACGCUAGUCUCGAGCCCUCGGUCGGUCUUGAGGAGGCCACAGCUCCCCUUCCCUACCUACGAAGUCGUAACGCGCUAAAGGUUAUCCUUGACCUCGACGAGAACUUUGGUCGUCCGAGACUACCAGCAGGGCAAGCGUUCCGUGGCAUCCCUGGCUUCGGUAGCAAGCAGGCGUGAACAUAAUGAGUAUGUGGCUGAUAACGACGCGAGUUAUGGGAUGACAUUGGCCGAUCCGUAAUGUGGAAUACCUGUCCUGAUGCAACAUUGCUCUAGCUCCAUGUUUCCUGCUUAUUGGCGUUGGUUUGUCCAAAACGACGGUUUCGUCGUCCUUUCAGUGGUGGCAUACAGAUGGCGCGCGCUAGCGAGCGUGGAGG